AUGAUGCAUCAUGAAGAAGAGAAAUCCUCAAAGGGCUAAGAGGUGUCAAGAUUGAUUCUAAAGGUACUGUCAGCUAAAUUAAAAUCAAGCAGAGUAGAUUGGAAGGCAGCUAGAUGGUACCCUUUGGAUCACUAUGGAAAUGCAAAGCUGGAAAGGCAACUACUGAUGCAGAACCAGAUGAGAGAUACACAAACAGCCAUGCAGAUUGCUUGGACACCAGAAUUUCUCAGAUAUUUUGGGACAUUUUUUGGGCUUGCAGCUGUAGGUUUAACAGUUGGAGCAAUAAAGAAGAACAACCCAGGAGUUUUAUUGCCAGUAGUUCCCUUAAGCUUUAUAUUUGCCUAUCAAUACGAUAUGGGCUAUGGGACACUGUUGCAAAGGAUAAAAGGUGAAGCAGAGAACAUAUUGGACACACAGAGCACUUUGCUAGAAUUGCCAAAAGGACCACUCACUAGCAAAGACCUGGAGACAAUCAGAAGAUCUCACAGCAAGUUCUUCAUAGAAAAAUAG